CCCCGAUAAACUGCAGAACGAUCUGUCAUGGUGGCCGGGAUGUUAGGUUUGUGCGGCCGCCGCCUUUUGGCGGUGGCGGCGAGGCGAGGGCUCCCGGCUGCCCGUGUUUGCUGGGAAUCCAGCUCCUCCAGGGCUGUGAUCGCCCCGUCCGCUGUGGCGGGAAAGCGGCCGCCGGAACCGACUUUACACUGGCAGGAGGACCCAGAUGCUGAGGACGAAAACCUCUACGAGAAGAACCCAGACUCCCACGGUUAUGACAGGGACCCUGCUGUGGACCUCUGGAACAUGCGGGUCGUCUUCUUCUUUGGCUUCUCCAUCAUCUUGGUCCUUGGCAGCACCUUUGUGGCUUAUCUGCCUGAUUACAGGAUGCAGGAGUGGGCCCGCCGGGAAGCUGAGAGGCUUGUAAAAUACCGAGAGGCCAAUGGCCUCCCCAUCAUGGACUCCAACUGCUUCGACCCCAGCAAGAUCCAGCUGCCAGAGGAUGAGGACUGACCGGUUACUGAAAGGGGCUUAAGAAGCACCACCUUCUCCACCCCUUGUCUGCCAUUCUGCCCUCUCUUCAGAGCACCUAAUUAAAGGGACUGAAACUGUG